AGCGCGGGUAGCCGCUCGUGACCGAGGCAGUCGGAGCUCAAUCGGCGGAAACGACAGCAGAGGAGGUGGAGAGCCGAGCGAGAGAGGAGAGUUUCUAUAGGUCUGACGGGAAGCUUUAGGAUUGUAGGUGCGUGUCGAAGGGAAGAGAAGUCGUAGGAGGAAGAGGAUGUUGGAUGAAACGAGGUCGAGUUGGGAUGUAGACAGAGUAGUGAAUACCUAGGUACGGUAGUCGUCGUAGCAGUAGCGACUGCGCCUGGGGCACCCGGAGAACCCUUGCAGCAGCAGUAACAGCAGCAUUCACAGUAGUUACUCUUGUUAAUCGUCCUCAGCCUGCGCAGGCCACAACUUGAACCCGACCAGACACCGACAGACACCAGCUGCGAAAAGAGGAUUCACUAUAUUGCACUCCGACUCUUCCACACCUUUUCUUUCUUCCUUCUCUCUCUUCACUGCCAUUCCUGCUCGAAUCUCCUCUCCUUAUCUGGUCCUUCUGGUUGUGUCGCCGACUAGAGUCUGAUCGGGUGGUGCUGUGCUCUGCCCUCUACUCUCCGUCCCCACCCCUCCAUCCAGAAAGAAAUCUCCAGGUCCUACGGCCGUCACACCUCUUCCCCCUCCGAACCAUGCUCGCAUCUUCUGCAUUCAAGCGACUGCCCGUGCGAAGGUUGGCUGCUGGUGCUUCGGCUGUACGAUCCUCGUCCUCCGCGAUCCGCCAGCCCUCCAGCUUCGCUCCUGUCCCCUCGAAGCUUUCCCGAGGUGCGCCCGCCAUGGCGUCCAACUUCUCGACCUCGUCCACCAAAUACUCGAUGCCCUCCAAGGCACCGACCGCGGCCUACGAUCCCGAGAUUCUCGACAUUGCCAACUAUGUCCACAACUACAAGAUUAACUCUGACCUGGCUUUGGACACCUCUCGCUACAUCCUGCUCGACACUAUCGGCUGCGGACUCGAAGCUCUUCGAUUCCCGCAAUGCACCGCUCUCCUUGGCCCUACCGUGGAGGGUAUGACGGUGCCCAACGGCAGCCGAGUUCCCGGAACGCCGUACCAGCUCGAUCCAGUGAAUGGAGCUUUCAAUAUUGGGGCCAUGAUCCGAUGGCUGGACUACAACGACUGCUGGUUGGCCGCAGAAUGGGGACACCCCUCGGACAACCUGGGCGCAAUCCUGGCCGUGGCGGACUGGAUUGCAAGAACCAACAAGGCCGGCGGCAACGUCGGUAACGGCAAGAUCCCCACCGUGCGGGACGUAUUGGAGGCCAUGAUCAAGGCCCACGAGAUUCAGGGUUGUCUGGCUCUGGAGAACUCGUUCAACAAGGUCGGCCUUGACCACGUUCUGCUCGUCAAGGUUGCAUCCGCCGCCGUUGUGAGCAAACUCCUUGGUCUCGAUGAGCACCAAACCGCUGCCGCCAUCUCCCAGGCGUUUGUGGACGGUCAGGCUCUGCGAACCUACCGGCAUUCCCCCAACACAAUGUCCCGCAAAUCGUGGGCUGCCGGUGACGCCUGCCAGAGAGCUGUGAACCUUGCCUUCAAAGUGAAACAGGGCCAGUCUGGUAUCCCGACCGUGCUUUCUGCUCCGGUCUGGGGCUUCUACGAUGUCCUCUUCAAGGGCGAGAAAUUCAAGUUCCAGCGUCCUUAUGGCUCCUACGUCAUGGAGAACGUCUUGUUCAAGGUUUCAUACCCGGCUGAGUUCCACUCUCAGACUGCGGUCGAAGCGGCCCAGAAGAUCUACAAGAUCCUCGCAGACAUGGGUAAAUCGGCCAAGGAUAUCAAGGAGGUCACCAACCGCACCCACGAAGCAUGCAUCCGUAUCAUCGACAAGCAGUUCAAGCCCAUGGACAACUUUGCUGAUCGCGACCACUGCGUCCAGUACAUGGUGGCUGUCAUGUUGACCUUCAACCGCCUUGAGGCCACCGACUACCUCGAUGGCAGUGAGGCCGCCACUUCUCCCUUGGUGGAGGAUCUGCGCAAGAGAAUCAAGUGUGUCGAGGAUCCUCAGUUCACCAAGGACUACCAUGACCCCAACCUGAGAACCAUCUCCAAUGCUUUGACCGUAACCCUCAAUGACGGAACUGUCCUGCCGGAAGUGGUUGUUGAGGCGCCGCUCGGCCAUCGCCUCCGACGUGACGAGGCCAAGCCGGAGAUCCUCAAGAAAUACAAGAGACAUUUGGGCCCUCACUUCCCUGAGGCCAAGAUCAACGAGCUGGUCGCUCUGGGCACUGACGCGUCCAAACUUGACAACAUGGAAAUUGACAAGUACGUUGACCUGUAUGUGAAGGAGAAAAUGGAGUGGUAGGCAACAGAAAACUUGUUUUGUCUGCCGCCUGAAGGGAUUUACAAAAGCGAAGCCGUUUAGCUUGGAUGUAAGUACAUAUCUAGGAGAGCUGAAGAUACCUAUAUAGACCCAAAACCAUCUAUGAAAGCAAUGUUGAGCGUCCUGUGCAUUUAGAAAAGAAUUGCCUGAGGAAUCCCUAGUUCAAGUAUUCCCUGUGUCAUGACAUUAGCUGACUUACCCAAAGUCCCUCAACUCUCCCUUGGGCAAGACCUUCUCAUGGGCGCCUCUUCCGGCCCAUUCUUUCUUCCAUGCCCACGCUCCGUCCUUUUCGGGGCCAUUCGAUUUGCCAGCAAGGACAUUGACAACAUACUUCCCUAUGUUCGGCAGAAACUUCCAACUGUGGAACGAGCCCGCUGUAGCAAAGUACAGGUUCGACAACCGCGGGUCAGGGUGUCUCGCGAUGAGCUGGUUCUGGUCCGGUGAGAUGGCGUCCCAGCAAAUACGCCAAUCAUCAGGCAUGCGGCCAUCGGCCAGUAUUUGUGGGAUACGCUGACGGAUGAUGUCGAUCGACUGCCGCUUCAGAGCCUCGGGCACGGUCUUUUGCUCGGGCAACGGGACAGACACCAGUGCACCGGUUUGUGGGUGAGGUUGGGAAUUGAGAAACGUGUUUGCAUUUGUGAACUUCAGAAACCGGUCCUUGUUAGGAGGGAUAACCUCUCCUUUUGCGCCGUAGACCAAAACGGGCAUCUGGGAGUAAUGCCAUGCUUCAUCCUCUGACAGCCUGAACGAGGCGACACACACCCCUGCCGCUUGGAUUUGUUUCUGAAUGCUAUCCUCGUAUGAUAUCUUCAGCUGCUUCUCCAGCGGUGCCA